AUGGUUCGUACUUCAGAGGCGGGGACUGCCGUUACCUCAGAUGGAGUUAAUUCCGGCCUGGCAAACCCUCGUGUUGUCAUGCAAACGCCGCCCUCUCUGGGUACCCCCACAACAGCUUCUACAAAGUUAUCUUCGGAAGAAUCCACUGCAACUGAUCGUCCUCAUCAAUUUCAUCAUAACCCCCAAUUUCAACAUCAUCAUCAUCAUCAUCAACAACAACAACAACAACAACAACUGACACUAUCCUGCAAUCCACUACUUUUGCCACCUUCAAUGAGUGUCGGAUCGGUCGGUCCUUACGAUCAUUCCUCACAAACGCUGAGUGUCACAGGAUACAAUCAAUCGAAUGGUGUGCCCCUAACCGGAGGACCUCUUAAACGUACAAUCGUUCAUAAAUAUCACUCUUUUAGAAAAAUCCUACCUAAGUCACCGGAACACUUCAUGCAAACCGCCACGUUACAUACAAUCCCCAAUUUGGGGUCUACAUCGCCUGGACUCACUCAACUUCCCGUACUGGGCACUAGUGGCGGUGGUGCUCCUGGUGCGGCAAGUACUGGGAUGCGAGUGUAUCGUAACGCAUCCUUUCCGCAAUCCAACUUGCUUUCCUGUGACACCGCCUCGGAGACCGCUUAUUUUGUGGACAUUCCGGCUAACUUGACUGAUAUUAGUUCUGGAUCGAGUUGCACAAUGGGUCAUUCUGCAUCAUUGGGAUUUCAAGCUUACGCUAGCGUCACAGCCACAACCAACACAACAACUACGGCUGCAGUAUCCAGUCCAUUGGUCAACAAUCCGGCUUCUCAACUGCUGAAAAGUCUUUUAGAAAAAGGUGAUGGCAAAGAAGCUACAAACACCGUGCUAACCAUUCCGGUUCACCCGCAUCAUCUGGCAGCGGUACCAGCACCGAAAAAA